AACAGCAGGAACAAGUGGAAGUCGCCACAUUCGUGACCUGAUAUUUAAACGUGUCUUCAACCUUACAGCCAUGAGCAAAAGAAAAAAGGGUUUUAAAUGGUUCGGGAGCCUCACCAACCUCUCCUCCCGCCGCUCAUCAGAGAAGAGCAACAACAAAGCAGCUUCUCAGCUGAACAAGAGUCUCUGUGGAGCCAAAGAAGCAGCAGCAGCAGUGGAGGAAGAGAAGCAGUCAGUCGACGACAUGGAUUCGGGUCUCCGCAACUCCAGUUAUGCCCGCUCCAGCGACAUGUACACCCAUGUUGGGACUGUUCCCCGCAGCGAGAAGAAGAGUAGCUUUAAGGGCCUGAAGGCUGCAGUGGGCAAAGAGGAGAUGAGUUUGAAGGCAGAGGAACAUGUUCGAGACUCCCCCCUCCUUAGUGCUCUGUCCACACUGAGCUUGAACAGCACGGAGAAGCCUCAGCCCGUUUUGGCUCGGCCGCUUCCCGCUACACCCUGCAGAGCCUCACCUUUGACCUCAGCACCUGCCAGCUGCCUCACUGAUCUGUCAGAUGAGCGGGUUAAACCGUGCAAGGCGAAAAGGGGCGAACAUGCAACAGAGGAUUUAAACAUGGUUAUAAAGCAGGACGUUUAUGUUCCAAUGGACCCAAUUUCUGACCCAAAAGCUGAGAAGCAGGAAACCACUGAGACUUUGAAGAAUGAGGAGCCAGACAGCAGGUUCACAAAAGUGACGAACUGUGGUGGAGAAUAUGUGAAAUUCUCCAAGGAGAUGUUCUCGUUGGAGCCACCGUCGGAAAAAAUGAAGAAGCAGCUGGAGGAGGAGCUUAGGCUGAGUCACUCCAACCUGAAGAGCCAUGCCUGGUACCAUGGGCCGAUACCCUGGGAGGUGUCAGAAAGUUUGCUGGUGAACGGAGGAGAUUUCCUCCUCAGAGACUCAAAGUCCAUAAAGGGCGGCUUCGUUCUCACCUGCCGCUGGGAGCAGGAAACCAUUCACUUACCCAUCAGGAAGACGGUGAUUCAGGCCGCUGAGGCUAACAGCAGGACCAAGUACAGCCUGGAAGGAGAGGCCUUUGACUCCAUCCCAGAUCUGGUUCACUACUAUGUGGGCAGCCGGGCGGCUCUGACGCUGCGCAGCAGAGCUCAGAUUAACCAGCCGGUGAACAGAAGGCUACCGCUCAGUUUCCUGGAGACUGCCUUUAGAGGACCAUCCAACCAAAGGGAGCUAAAGGAGGACAGGAUGAGGGACAAGCUGGUCUGUCCAAGCAGUCCUUCCUCCCUCCAACACAAAACUACAGGAACUGAUGGGAAACACGACAGUUCGACCCUGAGUCCUGCAGGAGUUUCUUCACACACACCACAAUCCAGAAGCCCUUGUUGCAGCCGGGCAGCCAUUGUUGCACCAUCUCCGUCAUUAUCAAACUUGUCAGACAAUGCUCAGUCCCUGACCUCUUCCAGCUGCCCCCUUCAUAGAAGCCGUCUUAAUGUACCCUCAAACCCUCCCUUUCACCAGGGCCUGGCUUCCCCCAUUAAAGAUGGCUAUACGGAGCUGUACCCUCAGAGCUACGUGGAGAGGCUCCAGACCGACGAAGGACCAUUGAAUGCAGACCCACUGAGUUUGAAAGACGGAAAUGUGUUCUUCUCUCCGGUUGUGGAGACGGUUUCCUAUUUUAAGCCUAGAAUGUACCAUUCGCCACUGAUGCCAAAAGAAAACAAGCCCCUAGAAGUGAGCAUCCUGCGAAAGGUGAAGGAGCUGCUGGCUGAGGUCGACCCCAGGAUAGCAGCCAAACACAUCACCAAGACUGACUGCAUGGUGGCAAGAAUUUUGGAAGUAACUCCGGAGAUGAAAAGCAAGAUGGGAGUGGGUUCUGGGAUGGAGCUGCUGACGCUGCCACAUGGACAGCAGCUGAGACUGGACCUACUGGAGAGGUUUCAGACCAUGGCCACCAUGUUGGCUGUAAACGUGUUGGGCUGCACUGGAACGACGGAGGAGAGAGCCGCCCUGCUGCAUAAAAUAAUCCAGAUCGCAGCCGAAUUAAAGACAACCUUGGGCAACAUGUUCGGCUUUGCCGCUGUUAUGAGAGCGUUGGAGCUGCCGCAGGUGUCUCGUCUGGAGCAGACAUGGACAACGUUACGGCAGCGACACACAGAGGGCGCCAUUCUCUAUGAGAAAACCCUGCGUCCGUUUCUGAAGGGCUUGAAUGAUGGAAGAGAAAGCUGUCCGCUGUCCAGUACUACCUUCCCCCACGUCCUCCCCCUCCUCACCCUGCUGGAGAAGAGCUCUGCAGUGGGAGACGGGACAGAGCCCUGGGAGACCGCAGAGGUCGGGGUGGAGGUGGUCAUGCUGCACCUGGCAGCAGCGAGAACUAUGGCUCAGCUGGGGGGGAUCUACUGCUCUAACUCUGAAGGCAGAUUACGGGGUUUCCAGGAGCAGGAAGGGGUUAAGGAGAUCUUCCUCACGGACUUCCAGAUGAGGCUGCUAUGGGGGAGCAGGGGAGCCGAGGAGAACCAGGUUCUUAGAUACUCCAAGUUCGACCAGGUGCUGACAGCCCUGUCAAACAGACUCGAACAGGCAACCAGACGACAUUGAUCCAAAACGUUGAUCAUAAACUGUGCAACAAGCUUUAAGUUAUUAAUUCUCCUGCUUCUAUGUAACUGACAUCCGUUCAUGUCAUCUUAAAUGUCCCACAUCAUAAUGUUACCAAAUGGAGGUUGGUUUUUUUUUUUCUUAUCUGAGCCAGUUUUUGUUUUUUUAUCCGAGCCUGUUUGAGGGAAAGUUGUUCCAAACAGUCUUAAGAAGAGUGUGAACAAGCAGGGAAUGCAAGAUAACAAAGACCGGUAAUUUUAUAUACGCCAUUCAAAAUGGUUCAAAGCACAAACGUUUCUACCAUGACAACAUUUCUUUGUUGUAAGGGAAUAUGAUAUAAAAUCUUUUAAGGCUUUGUUUGUUUGUUUACAUUUAUGAGUUUUAACUCAUAAACCUUAGAAAUAUGUAACUUUAAAACUUAACAGAGUAUUUUGCAUCAUUGUGGUAUUCCUGAGCCACAGAGGAAACUAAAGUCCAGAUCAGAACGUCCCAGCAGGAGGCUUUUAACACUGCCGCUAAUAUUGUGAUCGAUACCUGGUUUCUUUUGAUGAAAACGAUAACUGAGACAAAGAUAGACCUGUCAGGUGUUGUAGGUAUUUUGUGGGACUGAAAUAAAGACAGGAAUUUAGUUUGAGCAUAGUGGAGGUUUGACUAAAAAUAAAACAGAAAUCUUACAGGUCUUGUAAAGAAUAUGGAGCAGAGGCAAAGAAACGGUUACUGUAAUAAUGGAAGAAUUCAGCGAAAUACAUGGAAAACAGGAGCUUAGAUUGUGAGGCAGGAGUGGGAAAUGACUGAAGGCCUCGUUAUUCAGCCACUUCAUGCCAUUCCAGAUUAAUAUUUCUUUCCUGGAGUUUUUCCACAAUGUGCUGAUAUUUAGGGGCUAAAUCACAGGAAGUCU